AUGCCCGUGCGCCCCCGCGCGCGGCAGCCCUUUGCCCUGCCGGCGCCCGCGCGCCCGUGCGCCCCUGCCCGUGCGACCCCUGCCCCCGCGCAUGGCAGCACGUUGCCCCACCCGCCCGCCUGCGCCCGCACGCCCCUGCCCGUGCCCGUGCGCCGUGCGCCCCCGCGCCCGGCAGCCCUUUGCCCCGCCCGCGCGCGCCCCUGCUCGUGCGCCCCGCACCCCGGCCCGUUGCCCCGCGUGGCCCUCUGCCCCGCGGCCGCCUCCGUCGCAUCGCGCCCCCGCGGCCGCCGCUGCCACCGCCUCGCGCCCGCGCGGCCCCGUGGCCCGCCACCGCCCCCGAGGCCCCACGCCGUGCCCCCACUGCCGCCCCCGCAGGCACCCACGGCACACCGCCGCCCACAGAUAAUUAUUGUUUGCUUAGUAUCGUUAAUGAAGUAA